AUUCAACUGUGGAUGGCUGAAAAUUUUCUGGAAAGCUCUUCGAGUCCUAAAGAAGUUGGUGAACAGUAUUUCAACGACCUAUUAUCAUUGUCUUUCUUUCAACAAUCAAACAAGGAAGCGAAAAUUACUUUUAUCAUGCAUGACCUUCUUAUUGAUUUAGCAAAAUACCUUUGUCAAGACAGUUGCAUCAGGUUUGGAGUCGAUGAACCACAAGGAAUACACAAAAGAACUCGUCAUUUUUCAUUUGCAACCGAUCUUAUUCAAAUUUUUGAUGGGUUUGGAAAUUUGAUUGACUCUCAAAAGUUGCAUACAUUUGUACAAACAAGUUGGAGAAGGUAUCCUCCUUCUAUGUCCUGUUGGCGGUGCAAUAUGUCGAUAGAUGACUUGUUUUCAAAAUUUAAGUACAUACGCGUCUUAUCACUGAAUGGCUUUCUUAGGUUUACAGAGGUGCCUAAAUCUAUUGGAAAUCUUAAGCAUCUUCGUUCAUUAGAUCUCUCUUAUACUGAAAUAGAAAAACUACCCGAUUCAAUAAGUUCACUCUACAAGUUGCAAACACUGAAGCUAAACUAUUGUGAAAGAUUAAAGGAGCUUCCCUCAGGUUUGCUUCAACUCGACAGAUUGUGUUUCCUAGAACUAUUGAAUACUAAAGUGAAAAAUGUGCAUAUUUUGGGAAAGCUGAAGAAUCUCCAAGUAUUGAUGAAUUCGUUUUGUGUUGACAUGCAUAAGGAACUCAGUAUUCAACAAUUGGGACAAAUCAAUCUUCACGGAAGUUUAUCCAUUAGUGGGCUGCAAAAUAUUGAGGAUUCCUCUCAUGCAUCAGAAGCAUACCUGAAGAACAAACCACAGCUUGUGGAGCUAGUGUUCAAUUGGAAAUGGAGUGACAGCUCCUCAGUUGAUUCAACAAAAGCUGGGGAUGUAAUUGAAAAUCUACAACCCUCAAAACACUUGAAGAAGUUGUCAAUAAGGAGCUAUAUGGGUGCACAAUUUCCAAAUUGGUUACUUGAUAAUUCAUUACCAUAUCUGGUGUCCUUAGUGUUGAAGGAAUGUAAAUAUUGCAAACGUCUACCUCCCCUUGGACUUUUGCCAUCUCUUAAGGACUUGAAAAUUAAAAAACUUCAUGGGAUAGUGAAUAUUGAUGCUGAUUUUCAUGGGAACAAUUCUUCUUCCUUUAAAUCCCUUGAGACAUUGUAUUUCUCCAAUAUGGGAGAAUGGGAAAAAUGGGAAUGUAAAGAUUUGACAGGUGCUUUUCCAUGUCUACAAAUGCUCUCUAUAAUGUAUUGUCCCAAGCUGAAAGGACAGCUGCCAGAGCUACUUGUUCCUUUGGAAAAACUAUGCAUUAGUUACUGCCAAAAACUUGAGGCUUUCGCUCCCAGGGCUCUAGAUAUAAAACUGGAAGAAAGUGCAAAGGUGUUGUUUGAUUGGGCUACAGUGAAAAGCCUCCGAUUGGCUGGGUACAUCAUGGAAGCAUCAUUCUUGGAUAUGGUUCGGGAUAACAUACCCGACAAUUCUAUUCAACAUUUGAAGAUUAAUGGAUCCAGUUGGGGUCGUCCUCCAAUUAUUGGUGACUCUGUCUCUCUGUGGAACUUUCCACUAGAUUUCUUCCCGACACUAAAGUCGCUUACUCUCUGGCGGUUAAAUAGUUUACGGAUGAUUUCACAAAAUCACGCACAAAAUCAUCUGGACUGGCUGCAAAUCGGUAACUGCCCUAAAAUUGAAUCAUUGCCUGAAAACUGGGAUAUGCUCAAGAGUUUACACAUUAGUGAUUGUCCAAAACUUGAGCCUUUCACUGAGGGAGGUUUGCCAUCAAAUCUAAAAGAGAUGACACUCAGUAAAUGCUCUAGACUUGUUGGCUCACUGAAAGUAGCUUUCGGAGAUAAUCCGUCUUUGAAAACGUUACAUAUUGAACAUCUGGAUGCCGAGUGUUUUCCUGAUGAAGGUUUGCUUCCACUCUCUCUUACUGAACUAGUCAUCCGUAAUUUUCCAAAUCUACAAAAACUGGACUACAGGGUUCUCAAUCAACUCUCAUUUCUUCAAAGUCUAACCCUUUCGAACUGCCCCAAGCUUCAACAAUUACCAGAGGAGGGUCUUCCUAAAUCAAUUUCGGAUCUUUCUAUACAUUUAUGUUUUUUGUUGGAAGAACGUUGCAGGAAAGGAGGUAAAGACUGGGAAAAGGUUGCUCACAUUCCGAGACUAAGGACCUCGUAUCUGGAACUUCCAUUUUUCCCUUGAAAACUUUUUUCCUAAAUGCCUCGACUUAUCCAGAACUUUCUAUGGUAAUUUUUUUUUCUUAUAUUUAUU